GCCUCCAUUGGGUUUGCCAAAUUAGCUAGUCGGCGCCCCAAUACGUCGAGAACCCUAAUGGCGUGCUCUUCUAGAAGAUCCAACUCCGCCGUUCCACCGGUUUCGAGGCCCCUCCUACGAUCCGCAUCUCCCGCAGCGGUUGCAGGCGCCGCCCCCUUCUCUUCCUCCUACCGCUCCUCUGCCUCUUCUCCCUUCGCUUCCUCUUCCUCCGCCAACUCGUCCACCUUCUUCCAUCACCGCUCCGCCUCUCCUACCCGCGUCUACCUCGUCGGAUCCACGCCUUCCCCCAGAAAUCCGUCCGUCCACUUCUCCCUCGAUCGAUCUACUUCCCCAGGCCGUUCCCUCGCCGUCGUCGACCGGCGCCGUCCCGCCUCCGCCUCGGCCGCCGCACCUGCCCGUCGCACCUGCAUGUGCUCUCCCACCACUCACCCCGGCUCCUUCCGCUGCAGCCUCCACAAGGGCCUCCGCUUUCCCCCUCACCACAACCAACACGCCGCUUCUUCGUCGCCGUCGAACCGCCUCAACGCCCGCCGUUCCGCGAUGACCAACUCGCUGGUCCGAAUCGGAGCCGUGGAGGGCGAGUGGGUGAAGCGCGCUCUUGCCUCCCUCAUCCGUCCGUCCUCGCACCAGCAGCGCCGGCGGGCCGACUUCCGUCCGCGUCUCAGUCGCCUCUCCGUCAUGUCCAAGGCCGACGAUGUCUAGAUUCCGCCGUCUCAUCCGCCGAUCUCGAAGCAGCGAAGUUUUGCGUUGCGUUGCCAACUCCAGUUCGUCGGUUUCUUCCCCGUCGUGCGUUCCGUUGCCAACCCAUUCGCUUUCCGUGGGGGAAUGGCGGUCGCUUGGAGUGCACGAAACUUUUGUCGACUUCCGGAGUAAGUCUCAAAAGAAUCAAAUAAAGGAGAAGGGGAAACGUCCCUGGAAACUAAUCAAAUUGGGGAGUGGGCCAACUGCGAUGGGGAGAAACGCACUAUCGACAGCUGUACGCCAACUCAACUUCUAAAAACAAAGAAUUAUUAACCAUUUUCUUGAAAAAAUAAUCCAUGAAUUAAGAUGACAAGAUAUUUGAAAAUGUAAAAAAUAUCAGCCAAUUACUAAAACCUAAAAAAUGUUCGUAACAAUGCUAUGAAACCCCCCUAAUUAUGAUGAAAUUUAAAUAUGAUAUAUAAUUUAAUUCGGUCUAAAAAUUUAGAGAUCAAAAUAUCUUAAACCAAAAUGAAGGAUGUGUACAGCUGUGGCCAAAGAUUCCAAGGAAUAUUUAAUAAAUAAGAUUGAGAUUGAUGUGAUCAAAAACCAGUGGAUGAGAUCAAAUUGGACACUCAUCCCUUUCUAAUUCCUCGUCCACAGGAGUCAAUUUCUUUCUCUGACACUGCACGAAAAUAAAUGAAUAAACACACGGCCCAUAUCAUCAGUGGAUGAGAUCACAUCUCUUGUUUUCCCUAACAGUAUUAUAUAAUUAUUGUCUUCAAAUUUCAA